ACGAAAGCGAGAGCAAGGAGUCCAAGGGUGACCAGUGGCCUGCUCCCCGGAGCCGCAUGCCCGACAGCCCUGACGCCCCUCUUCCAGCCCCCCGGGCUCCGAGCCCCCCGGGCCGGCCCCCCCCGGCAGGAGGAGACAGACACGGAGCUGCUGCCCACAUGGAAACAAGCCACCAGGCAGGAACGUCCCUUUGUCCCCCUCCGUCCUGCUCGCAGACACUGGAGGAGGAAUUCCGGUUUGUUCUCUGUGAGGGCUGCCAACAAGAAUCGCCCAACCUCAAGCUCCUCACCUGUCUCCACACCUUGUGCCUCAACUGCCUCAGCGAGAACAAGCCCGUCGGCCAGUGUCCCGUGUGCCGGACCACCAUCCCGCAGGCCAGCGGCAUCCCCGACCGGGACAACCUGCUAUUCACCAGCCUGCAGGCCAGGUUGAAUGUCUACAAGAAGAUCAUCAACAGCAGUGGCUUAGACUGCAGCCGGUGCUGGAAGGAGGCAGCAGCGAUCUGGUGCUCUGAGUGCGAGGAGUUUCUCUGCCUCACCUGCUUUGAGGCCCACCAGUGGUUCUUCAAGAAGAGGAGCCAUGAGGCCAAGAAGGUGGAGGAGCUGAGGGCAGAAUCAGCACACCAGUUCCUGGAAGGCACGAGGAAAUCCUGCAGCCUCUUUUGCUCCAGUCCUGGCCACACUGACCAGGGCCACAUCACCAGCAUCUACUGCAAGAGGUGUGAGAAGCCCCUAUGCUGUUCGUGUGCGCUGCUGGACAGCAAACACUCCCAGUUCUACUGCGACAUCCGAACUGAGAUCCAGCUGAGGCAGGAGGAGCUGCGCACCAUGAGCCUGGAGCUGAAGCAGAGGAAAAGUGGCUUUGAAGAUGCCUACAAGGUUCUGCAGAAUGAGGCGGCCCGCCUAGAGCAGGUGAGCAGUGAGACUCGGGAGCAGAUCCAGCAGCGCGUGGAGCAGCUGGUGCGGCUGAUCCGGCAGGAGGAAGAGGAGCUGCUGGGGCUGGUGGAGAUGCGGCGGGAGCAGGGCCACCGGGAGCUGGUGGGGGAGCUGCAGCGCGUGGAGGGCGUGCUGCGACGUAUGGAGGCCGGCGAGCGGCUUGUGGAGAAGAUGAGCCUCUACGCCACGGAGCAGGAGGUGAUGGACAUGCAGCCCUUCAUCAAGGACUCCUUGGAGGAUCUGCGGAGGCUGCAGCCCACGGUGGCCGGGGGCCGAGUGCAGGCUGCCGGGGAUUUUGCCGAGUGCAGAAGCAGGCUCCAGGCACUGGUGGCACGAGUGACCGGGCAGACAGGUGCUGCUUCCCAGGCUGUCCCUGUGGUUGAUGUGGCCCCUGAGAAUGACUUGCAAGAGGAGCCAGACCAGCUUGGGAGCCAAGGGAUUGUGCCCACCUUCACAAUUAGCCUCGGGGACAUGCAGGCAAGCACGGCUCCCCUCACCACCACACAGCCCAAGUGGAGGUCACGCCACAUGGAAAAAGGCUGCCAGAGAUCGCCCAAGCUGCUGAAGCUGGAGUGUGACAACAGGCCAGUACCCAGCAAUUCCAGUUCAAACCAGUGGGAUGGCAGGGCGGGGCCCAGCAGUUCCACGCCAAGCCAAAACUGCAGCAGCAUCCCUGCCACCGAGGCCUCUAGGAGCCGUGCUGAUGACACAGAAGUUACCAGCAUCAUCAUAUGCAGCUCAGAGGACAGCGAGGAAGAAACUGUGGUCUUUAGCGAGCCCUCCAGGAGCAGCACUGCACACCACAGCACUGAUUCUGCCAGCCCCUGGGACCAUGGGCCAGGGCUGAGCACCUUGGUGUUCUUCGACUUGAAGGUCGACCAGAAAACUCAGCAGAUCAUGCAGAUAGCGGCAGCCAACGGAGAUCACACCUUCAAGGCUCUGAUCCGGACGCCCGAGUCAGUGCUCACACUGCUCUCUCAGGGCAUCCCCUUGGAGACAGCAAUAGAGCAGCUCCUCUGGUACCUCCACUCCAUCCCCAGGCCCAUCCUGGUCGUCUAUAACUUUUGGGCACCAGAGCUGCCUGCUCUUUUUAAAGCUCUGGAUGCCACAGCCAGGAAAGUGGACUUCUGCCACGCUGUGGGUGGUUACUUGGACAUGUUGCCCAUCAUCAGAGAGAAGUUUCCCACGGCAUCUUCCUACAAGCUGAAGAACCUGCUGGGAAAACACUUUCAGCAGAAGCUGAAUGAAGGCAGUGCCCUGGCAACAGUAAAGGCACUGCAGGGUCUGGCUGAAGCCCUGGAGCUGUUUGCCUGCCCUGACCCAGGGCCCAUGUUGACACACUGCAACUUGCAGAGUUAUACAAUCCUGCAGACCCUGAUGCAGGAAAAACUCCUCACCAAGAGAGCUGCCAAGAUCCUGGCCAGGCGCAACCUCAUCCUCUGGGAGCUGGAGCAGGUAUAGGCAGCGGAGGGCCCUGAAGUUGCUACGGUACCAGAGCUAUGGACCGCAAUGUGAACUGACCAGGUCUCCAGCUAACCUCAUCUCAGAUGCUUUCUCUGGCUUCCUGAAGAGCCACCAAGGAUGCCUAGCUUCUACUCAGAGCUGCUCAGGCAUCCCCCACGCUGCAGUUUCCAGCGUCUUAUGCAUUAACCAGGGUUCACUCUUCUCUGCAAAUUCCUGACCCCUUCCAUUCCUGACAUGAGACAUAAGAGGGAUCAGGGCUCCAGGUCAGCUCUAAAGGGAAUAAACAACCUCAUUGAAUUAAUAUCUAUAAAAUAAAUUAUAAUAUGCAGGA